CGCCCAGGUGAUGUCAUAGACAAACCCCGGUUUCCACGUUUCCAUACAACACCGGAAAGCGUCGACAAGAAAAUGGGCAACGGAGUUAGUUGUGUCCCUCAAGGUCAUCAGUUUUUUACUCGUCGAAUCGGAACAACCGAUAAUAAUAACUCUACUCGAGACGUAGUAGAUCUCUUGGAUAGAGUCGCACUGCUAGAGGAGCAAUCCGACACUCAGGAGAGGUAUAUCAAGACCUUGAAGGUGAUGGCGUCGCGUCAAGAGGUACGGAUGAAAGAAGGAAAAAUGCGCAUUCUUUGCAUUGCCGAGAAACUAAAACGUCACGAGACGGAGAACGAGAGUAAGAGAAAACUUCAAGAAGAAACGAUGCAAGUCAUGGGGAACAUACUGCAGGCAUUACAAAAAAGGAUGGACGAACACAAUUUCAUCAUGCGAGCACUCCUAAGAGACUCUUCUGCGCCGGUGCUUGAUAAAAAGAAUGACGAAGCAAGACUUGCAAAGCUUCUGGAGCACGGGAUUGAGGACGGGAUGGGGUGCCUUCGCAAACUAGAAGAGAUGUCACCACCAGCGGUAGUACAAGCUGCCUCUACGUCACAGUACCUGGACGAGAAAAGGCAGGCUAUUGACGGCAUACGGAAAAGAUGCCUAUGAACACAGACUGUCUCACUAUCACGAUUAUAAAUUGUAUUUUCUUUUAUCUAAUGUGAAUAAGUUUGCUACAACGCCCAGUCUUAGCUAGCCAUAAGCGAAAAGAUGAUAUGUGUACUAGCUAGUAAAGUUACAAGUAAAGCUCUGUAUGAAUUUUCACAUUUUCCUGUUUAUUUUCAAUGCAAUUUUAAAUAACUUGAGAAAGUUAAAUACAGAUAGUAACAAAAUAAUAUAAAUAAACUGAAACAUGUUCAAGAUAGAA